GGGACCUCCCCAUGGCACUUUACUCAGAGUGCCUCAAACUGCACUGACUUAAUAAUGCCACUGGUGAUACUACGCUUGGCUGUGAGCAGUAGUGCCUACCUGAGUUAGAUCUGUCUCUCUGAUUAUUGGCAAUGGGCGGGCGGGGAUGAGGAGACUCCUUGUUUCCACUGCUUCUGCCAGCAGCCCCAACCCAGCUCAUUUUCACACGGCAGCUUAGCUCGGCGGACUGCAGAAACACUAGUGAGCUGAAGGAGUACAGCACUGCACAAGCAACUCCAAGGACCAUAUCUCAGAUUGUGCUGCUGGGACUUUGUGAGAGGCAACUCCUUGCAGAAAGCCCGAAGGCUGGCCCCUGGGGAAGUCGUGUAUUCGGGCUCUCGCACAGCUCGUCUACCCUUUGACCAUGCUGUGUUGUGCUGAGGGACUGGGAUCCUUGAUGCUGCUAAUACUGCUUUUUGCUGUUUUAUUGGUAGUAAAUGCACAGAACGACACAGAGCCGAUCGUGCUGGAGGGAAAGUGCCUGGUAGUGUGUGACUCAAGCCCGUCAUCCGAUGGCGCCGUCACCUCUUCGUUGGGCAUUUCUGUGCGAUCUGGCAGUGCAAAAGUGGCAUUCUCUGCCGUGAGGAAUACGAACCACGAGCCUAGCGAGAUGAGCAACCGCACCAUGACCAUCUAUUUCGACCAGAUUCUGGUUAACGUCGGAAACCAUUUUGAUCUUCCAUCAAGUACGUUUGUAGCACCCAGAAAAGGGAUUUACAGCUUCAGUUUUCACAUUGUGAAGGUUUACAAUAGGCAAACAAUCCAGGUCAGUUUAAUGCAAAACGGCUACCCAGUGAUUUCAGCUUUUGCUGGAGAUCAGGAUGUGACCAGGGAAGCUGCUAGCAACGGUGUCCUUCUGCACAUGGAAAGGGAAGACAAAGUGCACCUUAAACUAGAAAGAGGCAAUUUAAUGGGUGGCUGGAAAUACUCUACUUUUUCAGGGUUCUUGGUAUUUCCUUUAUAAUGACACCCAGCUAGUCAUCACUCCUGAUAACAAGUGGAGUGCGUGUGGUGGAGAAAGGAUUUAUUUCCUGUGCCUCAGUUCGGCUAACAUGAACUGGUCUCAGAUAGUUACCUUCACAUGCAUACAAUUUACUUGGUCUAACAGAACAAAUUCCUUCUGUUAAUAUGUGCUAUGACUAUUGACUUGUUUGGGAUCCCGCGCCUCUAAUUAUUUUUUCGGGGACAAUAAUCUUUUGGAUCAACGGAUUGCUUGGUGUGAGCAACUAGUGUCUGUGACUGUACAGUUAAUUCGGAUUUAUUGUGGGAAUCAUUUACUUUUCUUCCUGACCAAACCUCCCAUAAGUAUGUGUUCUCCAGUCCUUACUUUUGGUGUCAAGAGCCUCAGCAGUUACCGAGAAGUCAUCUUCAAGUGCCCUCGCUUUGCUUUGUGUUUGUACAGCCUUAGGGAAACAAAGUGGCUCAAGUCUCUUGUUAAACCGUAUGGAUUUCUAGCCUGGUGUCAAUAACUGCUUUACAAAGAAAAGCAGGCUUUGUACGAUUGGAAUAACCCUACGUGUUGAUGUGUCCUUCGGCAUUUGUACUGGACUGUGAAACUGAUGAAACAGCAGGAGACUAAAAACGUUUUUCUUUGGUAUCUCACGCUCAGUACCCCCCACCCCCCACCCCCCCAACACACACACACAUCUAGUAUGCAGAAAAUAAGUUAUCUGUCCAAAACGUGGUUCACCACCUUUACAUUGGGCCCUAUUUAGAUUAUUUUCAGAACUUUCCUUUUCUCUUUUGCCUAGGGUUCUGUAAUGACAGUGAGUGAGUGAGUGAGUGAGUGAGUGAGUGACAGCAGGUUUAUGUAUGCGUACGUGCGUGAUGACGUAUAGUGUGCAUUUAGAUUUACUUGCAUCCACUGUCACAGAUGAGUAGUCUUUUAAUGCACUUGGCAUCAUUUAACUUUACAGAACUCUUUUAUAAAGCGUCACGGCUGAUUAGUUGUUGAGUAACCAAAUUAAUUUUACACGAGACCACAUAGUUUAAAUGACAAGUAUACUUUCUUACUCUUUGAGUACCCAAUGAUUAUGCAGAUAAGGCCCACACAGUGUUCAGUUUCCAUUUUCUACAACUAGCAAUCACAUAAAUAUACUUGUUAUAUAUGGAAAAUUUUAUCGUACACAAAUAUAUUUAUUUUGUCGUGACGGAAUUUACAUGUUCCAUGGUUAUACAUACUGGUUUGGUAAGCUACUUACUACUUGCCUUCUAUAUACCUUGUAUGGACAUCCGAAAAUUAUGUCUUAAAUGUGUGGUUCUGAUUAAGAAGAAAUUACAACUAUACCAUUAAAAUUAAUAAAAACGAA